ACAAAAUCUUGGCCUUCAAAACUCCAACGAAAUAAGCUCCUCAUCUCCUCCAACAAAGACAUUCCCACAAAAUUAAAUUACAUACAUAUAUUCCCUGUCUCCCCUCCACCUAUCUCUCCACAAUCAAAGAAUGGGAUGCAGGGAAUCUAAACAUAUCGCGACAGGAAAUACAAUCGCCGCCUCUGGCUCCAGCAGGAAAUCAACAAACCGCGGGCAGGAUGGCAAAAAGAGCAGUAACAACAACAAUAACAACAACAAUAAUAAUGUUCAAACGCUUCAAAAGGCGACAAGCGGGAGAUCUUCUACACUGCAGAAACGAGGAAGCUCAAAGAGGAUUAAUGCAGGAGAUUCAAAGGCGAACAAUGUGUUAAAUGAAAAUGUAAAAUUGGAUGAUGAAAUGAAAACUGAUAGCGGGUCUGGAGGAGUAUCCGAAUAUUGUACGCCAACGGAGGCUGCUGGUGCAUUUGACAACACGAAAACAGAGAAUGCUGAGGAGAAGAAAGAAACAGUUGCAGAGGCUACUCCUAAAGAAAAUCUCGCUGGAAAUGCUGAUCGAAAUCUCAAGAAUUAUAUGCGGGAAGCUGAGGUUGAUCAAAAAAUAAAAGAAGCCGAGGCUGCUGUUGCAAAUCCCGGGAAUCAUUUGCAAGAAGCGGAGGUUGAAGAAAAAAUUAAAGAAGCCGAGGUUGCUGUUGAAUUUCUGGAAAAACUGGUAAAAGAAACUGAUAAAGCCCAAGAAAUUGGCGGAACAGAAGAGGCUACUGCUGGAAACAGACAAAAUCCGGUAAAAGAAAACCUUGAGAUUCCUAGUUCAUCGGUUCAGAAUCCUGAGGAAGAAGCUAAUAAACCUGAAGAAAUCCGAGAAACAGAAGUUGAGGCUACUGAUGCGACCCUUCAAAAUCCAGUAGAAGCAAGUGAUAAAUCUGAAAGAAAUCAAAAUGCAGGGUCAGCAUCUAACAAAUAUGAUGAAACUCUGACAAAAGCAGGGGAAGCUGUCGAGAAGGUGAAGGAAAUUCAUGAAGUUACAGAAAAAGCUGAAGAACUUCCUGUAAAAGAAGUUGAAACUUCUAGUAGAACUGAUCAAGAAGCAUUGGUUUCUGAUGAACCCGAAUUCAUGGAGAAAGAAGCAGAGGAUGAUUACACAACUCCUGAGGAUCCAUUAAAAGCAGCUGAGAAUGCUGAUGGAGAAAAUCAUGCGAGUAGAUUAGAAAACACAGCAAAUCUUCAAUCAAUAGAGGAAAUUACAUCCCAAGAAAAUCCAGAUAUCAAAAUGAACACUGAUGAUGUUGGGAAGCAAUGACAAUACAGUGCUAAGAAGUGUACUAAAUAUUUGAAUUGAUUUAUACCCCAGCUGUUCCCAACAAUAUUUUUCAUGUCAAGGCUAAACUGUAAUCCAACUC